ACAGAACAACACGGCAGCGUUUUGCUUUGAGCCGGCCAGUAGAGCACACUCCUCCUUUUUUUUAAGUCCCCUCCUGUUCGGCACACACCCACGACGACCAGGAGAAAGGGAGAGAGGGGGGGAGAGCUGGACCCUGGAAGGCUGGAGGUGGGAGAGUGUCUGUCAACCCUCCCUCGAGCCCCGGCGAUUCCUCCUGCCGCCGCCAGAACCCAAUCGGUGAUAUUGAAGUGAAGACAUAUGACACCUCCUCUACCUUUUGUAUGGUAUUGACAAGAGGUACAACCACCUGAGUGAUCUUUUUGAGAAAAUGGAAGGCAGCAACCUACCUACUGGAAACAUGAUGCAAGGAAUUCCUUAUAGUAGUUUGAAUGUGCACGGUAACUCCAUGCAAAUGCAUGCUUCAAGCUCAGGAAAACAGCUAUUCAACCAAUCUCAGAUGCUAGGGAGUUUUGCAAUGCCUAUCAACAGGGCUACAGCACGUGAUAACCCUGGAUUUCAAUUUGGAGAACAUGAAAAAAAGGAUCACCACCAGCACAGUCAUUACUCUAAGGACUCCAUCAGUGAUGAGGAGCAUGAUAUGACCGAGGAUGUUACUGAUACCCAGAAUGACAAAGGCAAGAAGGGUUCAGCAUGGCAUCGGAUGAAGUGGACAGGUUCCAUGGUUAAACUUUUGAUUACCGCAGCAUCCUACACGGGGGAGGAUCCUGGGGCGGAUCAAGGCGGAAGGAGGAACAUUGCAAUAGUGCAGAAGAAGGGCAAAUGGAAAGCAAUAUCAAAGGUCAUGGGCGAAAGAGGCUGCAGUGUGUCACCACAGCAGUGCGAGGAUAAGUUCAAUGAUCUCAACAAGAGAUAUAAAAGGCUUACAGAUAUCCUUGGUCGUGGUACUGCUUGCAAUGUUGUGGAAAAUCCAGCACUUCUUGAUAGCAUGCAUCAUCUUUCUGAUAAGAUGAAAGAAGAUGCAAGGAAGAUAUUGAACUCUAAGCACUUAUUCUAUGAGCAGAUGUGUUCAUAUCAUAACAACAACCGUGUCAAUUUACCUGAAGAUCUCGCACUUCAGCACUCACUACAGGUUGCUCUUAGAUGUAAAGAGGAGCAUGAUCUGAGGAGGGAUGCAAGUGCAGAUCCUGAAGAGGGUGAGCAGAGUGCAGAUUCUGAUUACGAGGAGCAUGACGAAGAGCAUCAAACAGUUCAUACCAACUUGAGGGAUUCUUACAUGAAUAAAAGAAUGUGUCGUGCGGUGGAUCAUGGUGAUGUGGGUUUUGUCACCUCAAGCUCAAACGGUGUUAGUGGGAGGUUCAAUCCUCAUGACAUCACAUUGGGUAUCAACAAUGCUAUUCCAGGUGGAGCCAACUUGUCUUUUGCGCGGAAGGACUUGACUUCACAACAAAUAGAGUUUCAGAAACAUCGCUUGCACACCCAAGAACAAAAACUGGAAGUGGCAAAACAACGUCUCAAGUGGGAGAGAUUUAGGAUGAAGAAGGACAGGGAAAUUGAAAGGAUGACAUUGGAGAAUGAACAAAUGAUGCUUCAGCAGAAGCGUUUGGAACUUCAGCUAAGACACCAGGAGCUAGAGCUUGAGCUAAAAGGCAAUGCAAAUCAUGCAUGAUAGUUGUUUGAUCAGAGUUUUGGUUUGCAAUAUGGUCGAAGGUGGUUUUUGACAAGAGCAUGGUUGUCCAAGAAGGAACCCUCAAGACCGAUUCGAUGCAUUAGACUUGGUUUAGUGAUCUUCUGAUUGCCCGUCGUCGUUGUAACAUCCUUUGUACUCCUGGGCUUGGUCUGUUUUGUGAACCUGAAAUGAUUUUCUUUUUCUUUUUCUUGGGAGUCUUUUCUUCUUUCUAGCCAAUGGGGUGAACUUGUGUUGACUAUAGAUUAGUGCUAGAAGUCAGGGUCAGAAGGGCAUCCUACUCACCGUUGGUUGCCGUCGCAACUCUCUGCACAUUGUUUGCCUUAUAUGCAAUUCGAGGUUAUAUUUGAACCAGUCGAUUUUGUGGUGUUA